AUGUUCGAGAUGGAAAAUGGUGCGGAGAAGGCUCCCUCGGGAAAGAUUCCACCAGUAGACAGUAUGAUCAGUGACUCCAUGCGCUCGCUGGACACCCAAGGAUCGCCCAUGGAGUCCAUGGAGCCGGCUUUAAGUCCGGCUGACUUGCCUCCGCGCAGCCGAAAGGCCUUUCUUCGCCACAUGAUUGCCCAAAUGCCGGAAUCCGUGCAGAAUCGCCUGCGGGCGCUCAAACAAAACCAGCUGCAACAGGUGCGCAUCUCGGAGCAGUUCUUCCGCGAGGUCUACGAACUGGAGCGGCGAUUCUAUGGCCAGAGUUGCGCCCUCUUCGAUGCGCGUCGGGAUAUUUUGGAGGGUCUGGUGGAGCCACCGCUGCAAACGGAGAGCUCCGGGCUGCUUGAUAGUUCUCUGCUUCCCCUGCAGUCCCUAGACUUUGAGCACAACGAGGAGCUGCGCCAGUUGAGGCUCAAGUGGCUACCGGUUUCCCCCGAUCUUCCCGUGUGUGGAAUUCCUCGCUUUUGGCUGACCGUCUUCCAGAAUGUCCCGCUGCUCUCCGAACUCGUCCAGGAUCACGAUGAGCCUCUGCUCGAGUGUUUGAUGGACGUGCGUUUGACCUACGAUCAGGAUAGCUACACGGUUAGCUUUCAGUUUCGACCCAAUGGCUAUCUGCACGACUCCUCGCUCCUCCUGACGAAGCGCUACUUUCUGCAGCACUCCGCGGAUCCGGAGUAUCCCUUCCUCUUCGAGGGACCCGAAAUCAUUCGCUGCGAGGGCUGUCACAUCCAUUGGCGCGAUGGCUCCAAUUUGACGCUGCAAACGGUGGAGAGCAGGCGAAGGAAUCGAAAUGGCCGGAGCAGCUGCACCAAGGUCCUGCCACGCGAAUCCUUCUUCCGGUUCUUCGCUCCGCCGCAGGCUUUGGAUUUGUCGCUGGCCGACGAGAAGACCAAGCUCAUACUGGGCAGCGAUUUCGAGGUGGGCUUCCUCCUGCGCACGCAGAUCGUGCCCAAGGCGGUGCUCUUCUACACGGGUGAUCUGGUGGACAGCUUGGAUAACGAAGAGGAGGAGGAUGAUGGGCAGGAAUAGCAAUGAAAUUACUAGUUAUUACGUUACGUUCAUUGCUGUAUCUUUCAGGGACAUUCAAAUACAAACUUAGGGCUACUUAAA